AUGCAUAAUUUCAACGUGAGUGGAUUUCUUCUCUUGGGAUUUUCUGCCAAACCUGAACAAGAACUCUUGUAUGCUUCUCUGUUCUUGGUCUUAUACGUGUUGGCUUUAACUGGCAACAUGCUCAUCAUCACCACAACUUCCCUGGAUGACAGUCUCCAGUCCCCCAUGUAUUUCUUCCUGAAGCAUCUCUCCUUGUUGGAUCUCUGUUACAUUUCCGUGACUGUGCCAAAAUUUAUUUACAACUCUUUCAUACAAAGUGGAACUAUUUCCCUCUGGGAAUGCAUAGUGCAGUGCUUUACUUUGAUUACCUGUAGUUCUGCUGAGAUGGCGAUGCUCACAUUGAUGUCCUAUGAUCGUUAUGUGGCCAUCUGCCUUCCCCUACACUAUGAUGUCAUCAUGAAUGUCAGAACCUGUGUCCAUGGGAUCGCCGGUGUCUGGAUCAGCGGGACCCUCUCUGGAGUCAUGCAUACGGCAGCUACUUUCUCCAUCCAGUUUUGUGGCCCCCGCAUCAUUCACCAGUUCUUCUGUGAUAUUCCCCAGCUCCUGAGACUCUCCUGUUCUAAUGACUAUCUCAGGGAGAUUGGGGUUACAGUAUUCAUUGCUCUGUUAUCAUUUGGCUGUAUCACCUUUAUUGGUUGCUCCUAUGUGCGAAUAUUUUCUUCUGUGCUGAGGAUCCCAUCUGCUGAGGGCAGAACUAAGGCUUUUUCCACAUGCAUUCCCCACCUUGCUGUUGUCAUUUUAUUUGCUUGUACAGGUUUCUUUGAGUUCUUAAAACCUCAUUCUGACAAUCCAUCAGCUCUCGACAUUGUACUCACUAUUUUUUAUUCUAUUGUGCCCCCAACACUCAAUCCAUUGAUCUAUAGCCUAAGAAACAAAGCAAUGAAAACAGCUAUUAGGAUGGUUUUUAAGAGAAGUUCCAGAAAGAUACUCACUGGAGCAAGCGAGUUUCAGGAUCCGGGGGAUAUCAGACAAGAACUGGUGAGUGACACGGGGACCACAGAAGUGGAUGGAGAAAGUAGCUGCCACAUGCAUGACUCCAGAGAUGGCCCCACUGACCCAGACACUGAUGACUCCAUGGACACAGGUUCUGACAUUUAUGAUGAUUUCAUAGCACAGGGGCAGGCAGAUGGCCAUGUAGUGGUCAUAGGAUAUUACCAUGAGUAUGGCCAUCUCGGCAAUUGCAUAGAUGACUAA